AAAAUCUAAGAAAAGUAUCAUCUUUUAUAAAGAAAAUAAAUUGAAGGUCAUUCAAGAUUUUUUUCUUUGCCUAAGAUAGUUUUUGUGACUUUGGAAAAUUUAUGGCUAUGUAGGUUCCCAAAAGUUCAUCAGACCGAGCUGAACUGACAAUUCCAAGUUUUCUGUCGAUUGGAAUAUCGAGCAUUCGUAAAGCAGGACUCGGAAUAUGGACAGAAAUCCCAUUGCCUAUAGGAACAGUGUUUGGUCCUUACAAGGGAAAAAUUAUUAGAACGAGAAAAGAGGCAGAAAAAUCUGGCUAUUCUUGGAUGGUAUGGAAGGGAGGUAGAGUGGAUCAUUAUAUUGAAGGGUUCAAAAAGGAUAUUUCCAACUGGUUGAGAUUCGUGAAUUGUGCUGAUAAGGAAGAGAAACAAAAUUUGGUGGCAAUCCAGUACAAGAAACAGAUCUAUUACAAGACUUACAGAGAAGUGUUACCAUUUCAAGAGCUUCUGGUGUGGUAUGGGGGAAAAUAUGCAGCUGAUCUUGGAAUCAGCUUGAAAAGGGACAUUGAAAUCAAUCAAUUAAGUGUAAAAGGUGUGGCAUGCGAUGUCUGCAGUUCAUUGUUCACAUCCGUGAAUGCCAUGGAGCGACACAGAAGGAAACAUCCCCAUCAGGGUCAUGAUAAAAAACACCGAUGUCCCCACUGUGUCUACUCCACCAACAUAUCAGGUGAUCUCCGGAAACACCUCACUACUCACACGGGUGAGAGGAGACACGGAUGUCCCCACUGCCACAAGACAUUCACUCUGGAAGAAAAUCUCAGGAGACACCUGAAGGUCCACAGUGGAGAGAGACCCUUCUCUUGUGGAGUGUGCGGAAGAGAUUUUAAUCAAAAAGGACACUUGGAGAGUCACGUGAGAAGUCACAGCGGCAUCAGACCUUACAGAUGUUCCACCUGCGGAAGAGAUUUCACCCGAUCUUCAGAUCUUCACGCUCACAUAAGAAUUCACACACUGCAGAAACCCUACAAGUGCUCCGUCUGCCAAUACAGGACCACCACAUCUUCAGAUCUUAAUAGACACAUUAUUCAAAGGCACACGAAACAGUUCCCCCAUAAGUGUCACCUGUGUGAAAGAGGUUUUCUUCUACCGAGUCAUCUUAAACGACACAUAGACCGCAUACAUCCUCAAUACAAGUAAAUAAAUGAAGAACUGCACAUAAUGUCAAAUUACCUUUAUAAGGAAUGAGAGAUUUAGAUAAUCUCCUUUUGCAGUUAGAAUAAAAAAUUGUAUGAAGAAAGUAUAGCAGAGGGACAUUUAUAAUUAGAGCCUAUUUUUCUUAAUAUUUGAAAUACACUGAUGGCAAAAUCUAUGGGAGUCAGCUUAAAAAAACAACAAUAAAUUUGGAGACAGAUACUUUGUUUUCCUUCAUAUUAUUUACUUCUCAUACAAAAAUAAAUG